UCAAUACGAGAAUAGAUCAAUUUCAACAUUGAUGGCAUCGAUUACAUCGGCAUCUAAUCUUAGAACUAGUCUAGAUUUAAUCAUCAAGGAUAUGGAAUGAUGGGGUAGAAAUAUAAUUACCAAAAACUUUAUCCAAACACGAUCCAAGACAACGCGAAACCUGUAUCCAAACACCUCCUAAUCCUUAAACCCUGUCGGAGAAAAAACAGAGAAAGUGAUCCGAAGCUGUUUGGGUUGGGAGCAAAUCGGAGGGAAUGUCCGAUAAUCUCAAGCACCAUCUCGAUCCUACAACCGAGCAGGAGUCUAUCGAGAGGCUCUCGAAGAUCGCGAGAAUCGAGGACUUUAGUGACGAAGAAGCAGCUGAGGAACGAGAGCAGCAAGAAUCCGGUGUCUCAGAGCAAUCUAUGAACCCAAACCCUAGAUUGCAGCGUUACCUGGUCGCCAUUGAAUAUAUCGGCACGCGAUUUUCUGGAUCCCAACAGCAGGCGAAUUGCCGUACCGUCGUUGGUGCUCUCCAGGAGGCAUUUCAUAAGUUUAUCGGGCAGCCGGUUUCAAUCUUCUGCUCGAGCCGAACUGACGCUGGUGUGCAUGCGCUAUCAAAUGUUUGCCAUGUAGAUGUGGAACGCAUCAGUAAACGGAAGCCAGGAGAAGUGUUACCUCCUCAUGAGCCUGGUGUAGUCAAGAGAGCUGUGAAUCAUUUUUUACAGAAAAAUGAUGAUGAUGUUAUGGUGAUUGAUGUUCGAUGUGUCCCAAGUAAUUUUCAUGCCAGAUUCAAAGCUCAGGAGCGCACAUAUUUCUAUCGCUUGCUAUCCGGGCCAGAUCCAUUAUCAAUCUUUGAGAAAGAACGGGCUUGGCAUGUUCCUGAGAAGCUAGAUCUCGGCUCUAUGCAGGAAGCAUGCAGAAUUCUCAUUGGACAUCAUGAUUUUAGCUCCUUCAGGGCAGCUGGUUGCCAGGCAAAAUCACCUGUUAGAACUUUAGACGAACUCAAUGUUACCGAGGUACCAUCAACUCCAUACUUUCCAUCAAUCAUGGAAAGGGCGCAUGGUAACCUUAACAGUGGACAUCCUUCCGCAUGUUUCAGUCAGCCUGAUACUGAGACAGUUGGAGUGGCAGAAUCUACUAAUGGAGAUGCUUUUGGGGUAAGGAGACGACACCGCUGCUAUGUGAUAACAGCACGUGCCCGCGCUUUUCUAUACCACCAGGUUCGGCUUCUUGUAGGAGUCCUCAAAUGUGUAGGCACCGGAGAAGUGACAAUCUCAGAUGUUGAGCGGAUCUUGGAAGCGAAGACAGUAACAGCAGCAAAACCCAUGGCUCCGGCUUGCGGUUUGUAUCUUGCGCACGUCAAAUAUGAAUUACCGUAGUAACUCCCCAUCUCCAUCAUUUUUUGACACCAAUUGUUUGGAAUGUCUUUCUGCCCCCAAGCAAAGCAUUUCGUAAAGAAGACUUAUGUUGCACAAUUUUUUUUUCUCUUGGGGAGAAUUUGAUAAUGUUCUGGUUAAUACGGAUGGGACGUGUACUCACCUCUUUGGUUUUCUCCGAUUAGCUCUCGGCUUUAUGAGGAUCGGGGACUCGAGCUUACUCGGAGGCAUGCUUUGUCAUGACAGUGCCCCUCGUGUUCAUGCUUGUCACCUCACGCCCGCACAGUUUUAACAAACGAAAUUUGAAUCCGAAUCAA